GCUGUAGUUCAGUCUGUUGCUCAGUCAACAGCAAGACACCAUGGAGGCUACAGCUCUCUGCUUCAGACUGAUGGUGCUUGAACUCAUUCUGGUGGAGACACAAGCUCAGAAUCACACUCAAAGUGUUUCAGAUGCAGUUUUUCUUCGUAUCACUCCAGACAGACUGCAGCACUUUGAAUAUGAGUCUGUCUCUUUUCAUUGUGAGGGGACUGAUGGUUCCACUCAACUGAAAGGGAUCAGGAACACUGAGGAAUUUAAGCCAGUAUGUGACAUUAAGAGGACGCCAAUGGGGUCCUCCUGCACUAUUGAUAAGAGCUAUUCAGGAGACAGUGGAGAAUACUGGUGUGAGACUGAUGGAGGAGAGAGAAGCUACAGUGCCAACAUCACUGUCGCUGCUGGUCCUGUGAUCCUGGAGACUCCUGCUCUUCCUGUUUUGGUGGGACAAAAUGUGGUUCUGCGCUGCAGACACAAGACAACUUCCACCAACACCAAAGCUCAUUUCUACAAAGAUGACGUCCUCAUGGAGCGCAGUCCUGCUGAUGAGAUGCCAAUUAACAAUGUUUCCAAGUCUGAUGAAGGCGUCUACAAGUGCAUAAUCCCUGGUGUUGGAGCGUCACCAGGAAGCUGGCUGGCUGUGAGAGCAAAUACAAUUUCUAUCAUCUCUCCAUCCCCUCCUGAAGAGACCCUCCCCAAAGCCACUGCUGCCCCUAAAGUCCUCAUCCUGCUGUGGGUAGUUGUCACCAUUUUAACUCUGGGGCUGCUGGUGGUGGGAUUCCAUCAUAUUAGGAAACACAGAGUGUGCUUGCGUUUCUAUCCAUCAGUGGUGCUCUGCUUUUCCUCAAAGAUGGCAACAGCAGCAUCAAACUCCGGCAAAGACGAUGAAAUAGUCUCUGAAGACGAUGCUGCAGAUGACCCAAACAGUGUGACAUAUGCAGUCGUCGUCACAAAACAGAGAAAGGACAAAGACACAGAAGACGCUGAUAAUUUGAGUCUUUGCCUCAAGACAAACCGCAGCAGAAAACCACAAAGACAAAAAGAUGAAGAUGAGUCCUCACAUCAACCUGUUUACUCUGCUUUGACCAUAAGAGCGAAUCCACGAACCCACCGACCUGAAUCUGAAGCCAUGAAUCGCACAGCAGCCAAAGACUCAAGCUUAACAGAGCAGGAAGUUAUUUAUUCUCCUAUCAAAAAGUCUACAAAGAGCAGCGACACCUGACCGAGGAAGAGAAGAGAGACUCUGUUGUUUCAUUGUGCAGCUUUCUGUUGAACUUAUUUGUGUGUUUUUGAAGUCAG